AUGUAUAAAUUGACACAAGAGGAGUAUGAAAAGCACCGAGGCGCACUCUUCAGACAUUUUUUGCCAGAUGAGCCGGGGACAAGCAGAGAUGGAAUCGUACCAACACCGCUGAACCAUAUCAAUCCCUGGCUCUACAGACAUUUCGAAUAUGCUCAUUACGUGGCACUGCAAUUCAAUCAACACCAGAAGUUUCAAAAACUUCAGAAGCUCAGAAAACUUCAGAAAGAGCUACCAAUUGCAGAGAGAGCCACUGAAAUAGUGGAGUUGUUAAAGACAAACCAAGUACUAAUUGUGGCUGGAGACACAGGAUGCGGAAAAUCGACUCAAGUACCGCAGUACCUUCUGCAAGCUGGCUAUACGGGUGUAGCUUGUACCCAACCUAGACGGAUUGCGUGUACAGCACUGGCUCGGCGAGUAGCCUACGAAACUCUGAAUCAGUAUGGGAGUGAGGUGGCUUUUCAGAUUCGAUUUGAGACUACAAAAUCUCAGCGAACGAAACUACUCUUCCUCACCGAGGGUUUGCUGCUCCGCCAAAUGGAAAAAGACUCUCUUCUGGAAAAAUACAACGUAAUAAUCCUCGACGAGGUUCAUGAACGUCAUCUGACUUCUGAUCUUUUAAUCGGACUUCUCCGAGAUUUAUGUUCAAAACGAGAAGAUUUGAAAUUGAUUUUGAUGUCUGCCACGAUUAAUUUAGACCUGUUCAAAGGAUAUUUCGAAGGAGCCCCUGUGGUUCAAGUGCCCGGAAGACUAUUCCCAAUCGAUGUUCGAUGGCAUCCAAUCAAGCAAUUCAUUGAGCAAUCUGAGAAAAAGACUCAUAAAAUCGAUCCGGAGCCGUAUUUACGGAUUUUGGAGUUGAUUGAUAAGCAGUUUCCGAGCACACAGAGGGGCGAUGCGCUGAUUUUUUUGAAUGGAGUCGCUGAGAUUUCAAUGGUGGCUGAGCAUUUGAAAAACUACGCCGAGCAAACCAAGGGAUGGAUCAUUCUGAUGCUCCACAGUACGCUGUCGGUCGAAGAACAAGACAAGGUAUUUGAUCAAGCUCCGACGGGGGUUCGAAAGUGUAUUCUAUCCACAAACGUCGCUGAAACAUCAGUGACAAUAGAUGGAAUCAGAUUUGUAAUCGAAUCGGGAAAAGUGAAUUUGAUCAAACACGAACCGGGCACUGGGACCCAGAAACUCACAGAGUUCUGGGUCAGCAAAGCAUCAGCAAAUCAACGAAAAGGACGUGCCGGACGUACGGGACCAGGGAUCUGCUAUCGGCUGUAUUCCCAGGAGCAAUUUGAGAAAAUGGAAGACUUUACACAAUCGGAAAUCAAUCGAGUAUCGCUUCAGGAAAUGUCUCUAAAGAUGAUUAGUCUGAAUUUGGGAUUGGACCCUCGAACGUUCCCAUUCAUUGAGAAGCCUUCUGAAGACGUGCUAAAUGAGGGAUUGGAGAUUCUGAAAUUCCAACGAGUCUUAAGAUCUGACAGGGAUAUUCUGACGCUGACAGCGCUGGGAAAUAUGGUUUCAAAGCUUCCGGUAGACGUUCCGAUCGCAAAGAUGUUGGUUUAUGGAUGUGUGGUGGAUGAGAUAGAGGUUAUGCUUACUGUAGCAGCUGGCCUUUCCGUUCAAUCUCCAUUCACAAAUCGAUCCUAUCGAGAGCUGGAAAUUGUUGAACGGCGAGCAUCGCUGACUAGCUCAAUGGGCGAUCCAUUCACGCUAAUCGCUGUUUUUCGAGAAUGGGUACUCCAGAAAGCCUAUGAAGGAAGUGCUAGGCGAUGGACGAUGGAGAAUGGGAUUGAUGAGCAUCGGUUGUAUGAGAUUAGUAAGCUUCGGAAUCAGUAUCGACAGAUUCUAGAGGACGCUGGGUUGGUUGAGAAGGCGUCGGCUGCGGAGACAGGUGAAGACGAUUCGAGGCAGAGGAGAAUUGAUCAGGGAGAGAAACGGAAGUUGUUCGAUUUGAAGAGAAGUCAGAGAAACAACGAUCGCCGUCAAAAAGUGCUCAACGCCAACAAGCACUUUGACAAGAUUCUAGAAGACAAAGAGGAAGAAGACCUGGAAGCGGAGAUGGAUCCAUUGAAAGCUGAUGUGAAGACAGUCGAAUUUCUACUGAGUCACAAACAGCGUGACGUGGAAACGAUUCGAAAAUCACAUAAAAUCUCCAGGAGAACGGCAGAAGUGGUCAGGGUGAUCAUAGCAGCUGGAUUGUAUCCGAACUUUUCAAUUCUGGAUCCGGUUAAUAAGUAUGGGUACGGCCAGGAAAUGUACGCCCACACUCGCCUGAAACCCUUCACUCAAAUCCAUCCCAACUCCUCGAUUGCUCAGUACCAUCCGGAAUCCAUCGAUCCUCGUCAAUCGUCCGAAGGAUUCUCCCAGCUACAUCAAAUCCCAUUCUACAGUUUACUUCUAGAAACCACAAAGCCUUAUAUCUGUAAUGUGAUGCCGGUUCCAGCAGUUUACUCACUGCUUGUUGCUCAGAAAAUCGUUAUUGAAGAGGAUUGGACACUUUUGAUUGUUGACGAUUUUCUGGAGCUGAAAUUCCGAAAAUCCGAAGAUUGUAGAUCGGUGAUUUUGGAUGCGAAGGAGAUUCGAUACGAGUUGACAAAGGGUCUCGCAGCGAAAUUGGUUGGAGAGGAAGGAUUCAGUAGUCGACGUCUGACGAAGUAUAUCGAGCUUCUGAAUCAAUCGAUUGUGGAAAAAGGAAUUGAACUGGCAGUCAAAAGGAAUAUUCAUCCACCGAAAGUUCUGACAGGGAUUGGGAUUCAUUCUCCAGAUGGUGGUGUGGAUAAAGAAGAAGACGUGGAUGAGCUUGUACAAAAGUAUGAUAAGGAUGCUUCUAAGGAUCCAGAAGGAUCAGAGGACGAUGAAGAUCAGAAAGUGAUGGAUGAGUUGAGAGCUGAUGUGAUGUGCCCACCGACUAGGGAUAUGGUGGAGGAUGCCGAGAAAGCGGAGAAGAAAAAGAAGGAGGUACCCAAGGAGUCAUACUAUGAGACGCUGUUGAAAAGGCAAAAAGAGAAAGAGGAGGAUGAUAAGGAUAAGAAAGAUCAGAAGAAGCCGAAGCUGGAGCCAGUGGAUGUCAAAGAGGAAUAG